AUGAAUAUAGUAUUCCCAGUGAAUGAUUCAAUCUUAAGUUCAGAUACAAAUAAAAAACUUUAUAAUGGAAAAGGACAAAAGAAUGAUGUUUUUAUUAAUACCAUGUCUAUUAGCAACCCAACAAAGAAAGUGUAUCCAGGAGACUUUAAUCCAGAACUAUGCGUUAUUUCAAAAGCACUCGAUGCAAAAGUCCAUCCUCUCGCAUCUUCUUUUUUCAAUUUAGAAAUCGAUCGCAUUAUUACUAGAUAUAAAAAUUUAAAUCCUCAAGUUGAUGUAAAUGUUUUAAGAAAUUGUUUAGAGUAUGAACCAAUAUUUUAUAAAUGGGCAGCUUCUGAUUUAUUUAAUGUGAUUGAUUCGAAUGGUAAACGACAAAUGAUUGUUAUUGAAUCCGGAUCAAGUCCAGCAGGACAGAUGACAAUGCCUUCGUUAGAUAUAAAUAAAGGACCAAACGGAUAUAAGCUUGUAAUACAAACAGCAUUUAAACGAGCUCUAAAAAACGCGGAUCCCUCUCUUGGAGAGCUUGCUGUAGUGUAUGAUAAGACUAACAAUGAAAUAGAAGCAACUGGAUAUGCGGCUGCAAUCUCUGAAGAGACCAACGAGCAUGUUUGGCUUGUAAUGCUUCAAGAUGAUGCUAAAUAUGAACAACCUCUUAAAUGGAAGAAUCAAAUUAUGUAUAUCAAAGAUCAAAAUGAAGUUUGGCACCCCAUUAGAGCAUGUCUUAAACAUAUGGCACAUAAACCUUGGACUCAUUUUCCUAUAAAAUCUAAGACUGUGGUUUUUAACAAUAUAAUCUCAUGUUUAGCUGGAGGUCACAACAAAGUUAUGGCAUCAAAAGCAUUUGAAUUAUAUAAUACCGAACUUUCCGGAAGUGGACUUGCUAUUCGUUUUCCAAAGACCGUAUGUAAUGUAAAUAAGAGCGAAAUUUCUUCAUGUAUCGAAAAGAUGGGAGGUCGUGCAGUAAUUAAAGCUCCCUAUGGCAGUUGCGGACAAGGCGUUUACACAAUUACUAAUUCAGAAGAAUUAAAAGAAUUUUUUGAUGCCAAUCAUCAAUAUGACAAUUUUCUUGUACAAUCUCUCGUCGGAAGUGCAUCAUGGUCUACAGAAUUAUACCCUGGAAAUUUUUACCAUAUUGGUACUGUGCCAAAUUGUCAUAAUCAAACUUUUAUCAAUGACUUGAGAAUGAUGGUGUCUGCUGAUGAGACCGGAUUUCAUCCUGUGGCUAUUGUUUCACGACAUGCUCAUGAACCACUACCUACUUGUCUGCCAAAUAAUCCUAAUUGGGACUCAUGGAAGGUCUUUGGAACAAAUAUAUCCGUUAAAUUAGGUUCUAGGUGGAUAGCAGAAUAUGAAAGAGUAAUCACAGUUGGCCAGAAAGAGUUUGAUACUAUAGGAGUGGGUGUUGAUGAUUUAAUUGAUGCAUAUGUGCAAACUGUGUUAAGCAUUAGUGCUAUUGAUAAAAUGUGUCAAAAGCUUUUGGUUAAUAAUGAAUUCAAUUUUGAAUUAUAUCGCACUUUGAAUCCCGAUGAUGUCUUAUUAGAUGAGUUGUUAUUGUAG